GUUCAAAUAAUUCAGCAAAUAAAUCAUGAAGGGGAAGUAAACCGAGCUCGCCAUAUGCCUCAAAAUCCAUUUAUAAUUGCUACAAAAACUGUCAGUGCAGAUGUUUAUGUAUUUGAUUACAGCAAGCAUCCUUCAAAGCCUCCUCUAGACGGUGCUUGCAAUCCUGAUUUGAGAUUGAAGGGCCAUACAACUGAAGGUUAUGGUUUGUCUUGGAGCCUUUUUAAGCAAGGACAUCUAUUGAGUGGUUCUGAUGAUGCUCAAAUAUGCUUGUGGGAUAUCAAUGGAUCUCCCAAGAAUAAGUCACUUGAUGCUCUCCAGAUAUUUAAGGUGCAUGAUGGUGUUGUGGAAGAUGUUGCUUGGCAUUUGAGGCACGAGUACUUGUUCGGUUCUGUUGGGGAUGAUCAACAUUUGCUUAUAUGGGAUUUGCGUUCUCCAACUGCUAAUAAGCCAGUUCAGUCUGUGAUAGCUCAUCAAGGAGAGGUUAACUGCCUGGCAUUCAAUCCAUUUAAUGAGUGGGUUGUUGCGACGGGUUCAACUGAUAAAACUGUUAAGCUUUUUGACCUUCGCAAGAUCAGCACUGCACUACAUACUUUUGACUGUCACAAAGAGGAGGUUUUCCAAGUUGGCUGGAGUCCCAAGAAUGAGACGAUACUUGCAUCUUGUUGCCUGGGUAGGAGGCUUAUGGUUUGGGAUCUAAGCAGAAUUGACGAAGAACAAACACCAGAGGAUGCAGAAGAUGGUCCACCUGAGCUGCUCUUCAUCCAUGGAGGCCACACCAGUAAGAUCUCUGAUUUUUCCUGGAACCCUUGUGAGGAUUGGGUCAUUGCCAGUGUUGCUGAAGACAACAUCCUUCAGAUAUGGCAGAUGGCUGAGAAUAUCUACCAUGAUGAAGACGAUUUACCUGCUGAUGACCCUACUAAAGCAUCUUAAUAUAACUUAUACAUAUAUAGUAUUAUUUUUUGUCUGGUUUGUUGUUAUGUAUUCUUAGUUCAUGUUUAGAUUAGUUGGGUUUGUUCAGCAUGUAGAUGAACUGAUGAAUUAGAACUGCAGCAUGUUUUAUUAUGGUCUUCCCCAGAACUAUGAUCACUUGCACCUGCAGGAUGUGAGCGUAUACAAAUAGGGGCUGUGAAUUUAGGUCUCUCAAAAAUCAGUUUGAAUUUUGGCUCGGAUUGA